ACAUGUGCAUUAAGUUAAAAAUAAUCUGUUUCCAGAAAGAAUUUGGUUUCUUCAUGACAUGAAUGUCCUUUCUUGCUAUCAUGCUUGCGAAUAUCUAAGAUAUUUUCUUUGUGAAACUUAAUGAUUCCUGAAUUUUCCAUUACCUCAUUCCGAGCGGCUGUCUCUGCAAUUCAUUACCGAUCAAAAAAGGUGCCUGUUUGUGGGUCGAUAAAGAUUAACAAAUAGCUAGCUGCCUAACCUCAUAACUGGAAACAGCAUAUUCUGGCAUUCAUUUUAUUGAAUUAAUAUCUUUUAACAGGCUUUAGAAACAAAAGAUGGGCAUGAAAUUUUAAUUCAUUUCAAUCUAGUGUUUUUCUUUUUCUUUGCCAGUUAGGUGAUUAAUGGAGAUGGUUCAAUAUUCUCCUUUUCUACAUCCUAUGCUAGGAUAGCAUAAAAGAUUAUCCAUGUUCGGUAUGUUGCUGUGAUUCCUGUGACUGGAAUGCAAUUAUUCAUCUUGGAGAGGUUUAGAUAUGAUGAAUACUGUUCCUUGUUGUGUCUAUUCCUUCCAUGGCCUUAAAAUAGCAGAGCUUGUCAACUGAAUUUGUAUUGUCCUUGCUUAUGAUUUAUUUUUCUAACUUGUAUCUUGUGUGAGUUUACGAUAGUGGAUCACCUUGUCCUGGGAAAGUUGAAUCGGGUUAAUGUUUCAAGGUUCAUCCAUUCUAUGCCAUAUUUUGGCACUCUCUUUCUGCAUACAGAACUUUAUCUUUUAUUUAGAUGGUGAAUGGAUUAGAAUACAGAGUACAAUAUUGUUGCAUCAUAUCUUGCCUCAAAAGAAUAGCUAUGAAAGAUAAUUCUUCUGAAGUUUAUCUUAAAGGACUUUCCAAGUUAGAAAGUUACAACAACUACUCCUAAAUAAUGGUUCAAUGCAUUUCAUUGUGGUAGUUAAACUAAUGAUUGUGGCAAAGUUUGCAAUUAGAAUUUUUUUUCAUUGUGUACAACAUUGUCUGCCCAUUUGUUCGAGUUUAGAUGUUGCUCUGGAACUACUUGGACUAUGUAUAUUUUAGACGAAUAGGUGUUUGAUUUCUUUCUGCAAGGUGUUAUAAGGAGAUAUAGGACUCCCUAAAUGUCAUGUUUAUCCUUAUCAAGUGUUAAUUUUACUAUGGAGAGUAAUGUGAUGUGUCUUGACGUAUAUUCCUGCUUAAUUUAGUACUGAGUUCAACCAGAAGCUCUGGUUGAACAAUCAAUGUCAUUUAAAGAUCAAACUUUUGUGCCUUCAACUAAGCUGAGGAUGUUGAAGCUAAAGUAAUAAGUUCUGUCCUGGCCAUUGAGGGACAACUGGGUUCGUUUAUCGACAUUCAAGUGCAUAGAGUUGGCAAGCUGCAAAAUGCUGUGACCAGCAAGGCGGUUCCCAUUUAGAGUGCUUAUCUCUAGUUAUGAGUGGUAGCUUGUCAAUAAAGGGUUUCCGUAAAUCUGAUACUGAUCGCUGGGAGUUCUCAAAUGAUGAGUUUGUUAAAGGCCAAAGGCAUCAACUGAAGAAUAUCGUUAGAAGAAAGCAGACUCCAGCACAAGCGCAGAGGAAAUCUUCCCAGCAGAAGGAUGCUGAUCCAGGUGCAUCUGAAGAAGAUAGGAGAACUGCACUGAGGAAGGAAGUUGAAACUCUGAAGAUUGGUAAGAAUACACUCAUGCAAGAACUGAUAAAGCUGAAGCAACACCAGCAGACCUCACAGAGUAAGCUGGUGCUUGUAAGAGAUCAAUUAAAAGGUAUGGAGAAGAAUCAACAACAAAUGCUAUCAUUUAUAGUGAUGGUCAUGCAAAACCCUGGAUUUUUCAUCCAGUUGCUGCAACCAAAAGAGAACAAUUGGCGCGCAGCUGAAACUGGUAAGCACAAAUUUAGUCCAGUUGAUGAUGAUUGUGAACCUUUAUCUUCUGAUGGAGCAAUCAUAAGGUAUCAGCUUCCUGCAAAUGAGCCUUCAGAGCCUCCCUGCAUCGCCCCAAGUUCUAGUUCAGAAAAAUCAGUGGAACUCGAUCUUUCUGAUGAAAUAAGAGAUCUCCUCAUGAGUGUGGAUUUCACACCAUUACCGUUGGAUGAGAAGAUGCUUUCUCUGGAAAGCCAUGGACCUCUUGUUCUUCCGGAUUCACCUGGUGGUGACUUUCUGAUGGACCAACUCCUUUUAUCAAGUCCACUUGCAGAGUCUAAAGACACUGAUGAGCCUGAUUCUGAAGUUUAUCUAGAUACUGGAAUGGACAUAGAAUCAGCAUUCCAGGCACAGGAAUCUAAUAAACUCAAAAGUCCGGAGGAUGGAUCGAAUCAGAAUAGAUGGGUUGAUACAACAGGAAUACGCAAACAACUGGAUAACCUUGAAAGCUUGGACUUUUUGACCGUGCAAAUGGGCUCUCUGAAUUCCUGAAGCCCGCUGCAAAUGUUAUUAUUCGCUAUAUGCUAAUGCUGUAUAAAUCAAUUGAGAUUUCCUGCUAAUUUUGCUUUUUCUUUUCUUAAUACCACAUAAGAUUCUGGUUUAUCAUCCUUUAUUGCUGGGUAUUGUCAAAGACAAAUUAAGUGUGUUUUGUUAAA